AUGCCGUGGGUGCUCUCGUCCCGGCCACAUCAGCCAUCCCCAUCCCCGUCCCAGCGUCACUGCGAGCGUACCGCCUUUGCCUUCUACUGCGCGGUGCGAGACCAACUCCCGCCGUGGCUUCUGGAGGACAUGCGCGGCAUGGAGGUGUUCCUUUGGGACGACGGUCACCCGCGCGCCUUCUCGCCCGGAGACGCCCUUAUGUACGCGCUGGUCCACGAUCACAGAGACUAUGCACGCUAUCUCCUCCGAAGCUUCUCAGUGAAGGCGCUACAGGUGUCCAAAUGCAGUGUGUGCCGAAGCGCCGGUUCAGCGCAUCUGCACGUGGCAGUGCGCUACAACCGGACGGUCAUCCUGAGUCUGAUGGCAGACGCGUUGAAGGAAUCGGCGACUGAAGCGUGGCGGCGGGAGUACCUGAACAGCUGCGGCGGGUGUACGCAUGGGACGGAUGCAGGCAAGACGGCAGUGCAGUUGGCAGUAGAACUGUCACGUGCCGACUGUCUGUUGCUUCUUCUGGCGCAUGGAGCACGGCCCCACGCUCUGGACGCGGCGCUGGUGCGACUCGCUGCUUCUGGUGUGACCGAGCGCCGUGACGCCAGGCGCUGUCUGGACCUGCUGCUGCUUUUCACACCAGAACCGGUGGCUCUGCACCGCCUGAGGGACGAACCGCAGAGAUGGCAAAGCCUCCUAGGACGGGACGUGUUCAGCUGGUUGAGCGGUUUGGUCCCGCCGCCGCUUCUGCUCCAGGCUCUUCGGACCCUAGCCCAGUCGGUCCCAGGUCAAAUGAGCGAGUUGCCUAAUUUCCUUCAGCCACAUAGUGAACUGAAACUGGACUUUCCAUUACUGUGGAAACAGACUGAAAUAUGA